CUUGGCGGAACGCACAGUCAGAGCGCGGUGUCUUCUUGCGUGGACUGACCCACAGAGGCACCUUUCCACGCUGAUAUUAACGCGCAGCUCCGUGGAUGGACUCUGAUCGAUCCGCUCCAAUGACAGGAGAUCAAUAAUCAGCUCUCUGCGUCUGAGCGCGCAGACUUUACGCAUCCUUGGAGCAACGGGACAGUCGGUCAAGCUGCUGCGUCCUCUUACGUGUUUACCUUCUGCGUGUCCUUCUCCGUGUUUCUUGGAGGCUUUUCUGGGCGCUGCUGUUUUUAAAAGACUGUUGGCUGCAGAGUUUGGAGCCGUGAACUGUCUCAGUCUGUCUGAGAGAGGCUCACAGGUUGCCAUGAAGACCUGAGGCGGGGCGGCCCUGCGUGCCCCUCUGCACACCCAAGAGCUGCAGACGCCGGUGUCGUGUGUGUGUGUGUAUCUGUGCGAACACACUGUGCUGCGUUUAGAGCCCUGCGGAAAGCCGACCAGCAUGCUGCAACCGUCCCUGUGCUUCCUGGGGGGGCUUUUGGGCCUGCUUCUGAUGGCUCCGGUUCUGAUGGCUCCCACGCCGCCCAGCAUGUGCACGCCGCUGAAGACGCUCAACGACAGCCUCAGCCACAGGCGGCGGUUCAUGAAGCACAACUUCCCCAUAAACUACUCCAUCCGAGUUCAUCACCAGGAGAUCUUUAAGCUGUCAAAUAUCAGUAAAAUGAAGUUAAAGGUGGAGGGCCUGGAUGAGCUGGUUCUUCAGAGGCUGUGGUUUCAAGUCAACCAAGGUGUCUUAAAAAAGAUCAUUCGGGUUUUACCGGAGAGACAUCCCUCACGUCCGUACACGGCGGAGCUGGAGAGGCGGUUCAGGGAUGCUGAAGGCGUCUUUGUUCACUCUCAUCCUGCUGAGGUGUUUCAGCAGGAGCUUCCAGAGACCGUCCAGGACAUUUGGGAUCAGUUAACAGAGGAGCCCGACAGGGUGCCGGAGUCCAGCUGGAGAUUGGCUUCUCCUAAAUCCCUGGUGGACAACCUGUGCCACACCAUGUACUGCCUUUUCUGGGACUGCUUUUCCAGCACAGAAGCUUCUCAGGACUGUGAGUUCUACACGGAAGAUCUUUAAAUCCUUCAUCAUCUUUCAGACUGUGAGGUCUCUCAUUCGAAGAAAGGCAGGAAGGCGUUGAGCCAGCAGGCAGAGAUGGAGGCCACGGCGUGAGGGUUUCCCUGCUGCUGCCUCUCAGAGACUCCAGCGAUUAUCAAUCCGUACCUUCAGGGCUCAAAGGAAAACCUAUUUCAACAAGUCAUUUCCAAACCUACCAUCUGGACACCUAAGUGAACACAUUGACACGGAGCCGCCUGGGAUUAAUCUGACUGUGUGGACUUCCCUUGUAACUGAAAAGUGGAUCAGCGCUGAGAGAAGCUUCAGGACUGUAGCCGGAUCUUUUUCUGGCGUGAAGUCAUCUCAGGCUGCUUCUGGUAACCCGUUUAUUGGAUGUGUUUGUUCUUUCACAUGUUAAUGAUGAUCAAUACAUUGGUUUCUGAGAUGGAUUCUUGGAGAAGGAGCUUCUCAGCCAGAAGCAAAGUGGAAGAGACAGACUGUGUACCAUAGCCAAGCACCCCAAUAUAUCACAUUAUUUAAAAACAAAUGUUCCACAGCUGUGCUACAGGCCUGGAUUGCAUAAUCAAAGCUGUAUGUUGGUUUUUUUAUUCUCUGUUCUCUGUAUUUAUCUGUUUUUUUAUGUGAGCAGAAAGGAGGAAGCAUGAACUUGAUCAACUGACGGCAUAUUUGCCUUCCUUCUCCUGAGCUCUGUGUUCAGUACAAACCUGGUUCAGUUGUUUUCUCCUGCGACUCUUUGUGGAAAAUGAUGAAAGAUGUUGAACCGGCAGCCGACUUUAGUUUGAGGUUCUGGAUGUUUGAAAGGAAUCUGGGGAGAAAUUAAACUUUUUUUAAAAAGACAUCGGUGUUCCCUAAAGUCUUUGGCUGACAGUCCUCAGCAAAGAGCUGAGAGCUGCAGUAGAGUUAGCAGCUGGUGAAGGCAAGGUGAUCUACAGGCGUUGGUCACUUCCUGAACAGGAAACCUCCUGCUUUAUCCAACGCUCUGAUGGAGAAUUAAGAAGUACCCAAACAUAGUUAGUGCAUCAUCUCAGGAAAUAUCCUGGACGUCCAAUGUUUAAAGCUAUAGAGGACAAUCUUUUAUUUCCUGGUAGAUCAUCUAAAUAAGUGGUCCUUCUAAUUGUCAAUCAUUCUGCUGAUAUGUUUAUGUCAGACCGUGCUACGUGCUCAUCCUGGUAGCUGUAUUUUCUUUGCAUGCGCACUUUUAGGCGUAUAUCUGUGGUGAGCUACGGUUUCAGAAAGUCAUUGAAGCUCACCUUUCUCACUGCGGUUCUUUGAAAAUGGCGGAGGGUCGUAAGAGAAAAAGUGUCUAUGAAGUGUAAGGGAAGAAGAGGCAGAUUUAUCCCAGAAUGCUUUGAACACAGAGCUCUCUUUACAGCGGCCCAUCGUCAAUGUAGGGUGCGCUACCUGACAGCAGCGACUAAUAACAAAGAUUUUGCAGGCACUGUGCAGCGGAGGAGGAAUUACGUGACCAACGGACUAAAAAGUAGUGAUCAUCCAUCUGAGCGGUCAGUUGUCAUAUAGUCCCCGUUCUAUAUAGUCAUUGAGGGAUUUAGGGGUUAGGGCAGAUGUUCGGGCACAGAAAGCUUGUAUGCGUGCACAGAGCGUGCACAAGGAGAGAUGGGCUCGUGCUUGUGUUUCGUUCCAUCUUUGAAUCUGAGAAAUGAAAACCAGAGAAGAAGAAGCUGUUAGGCUAAUGCUGUUAGGAGACGCCUGACUUUGGCUGUGUCCGGAUGUCCGUCCUAAUCAUUAUAUAGGGUAAUAUAUAGUGGUUACGCCAUUGGUAAUUGAGUGUCCGAACAUCUAGUGGAUGAAAAAGUAGUGGAGUCAAAAUUUCAAUGCAUCUUAAAAAGUAGUGAUCAUCCAUUUGUCUUACUAUCUCUGUUUGGCCAGAACCCUUUAACGUUGACGUUGGCAUGGUGACCACAUAUACAUAUUUUUGUUUUGGAUCAGUCAAAAUUUAUAAAACAGUUAUUUAGAAAAAAAAACAUUUUCUUAGCAGAAUGUAUAGCUUUUCUCAGACGUUCUGUGCAUGUUUCUAAAUAAACGUUUUGAUGGAAAAGUUGGAGCUAUAACCUUUAAAUAGAGUGGAGACCAUCUCCAUGGAAACAACUUUUAAAGACAUUUUGCAGCAGCGGUCUUCAGUCAGGAUUUCAGUCAUAUAAACUUACCAUUAAACCUGAAUAUAUUAUCUUUAAAAUCAGAGCAGUUUGUUUGAUUUCAUUUUUUAAAAAGCGCAGAAAGCCAUAAGGAAGCAGCGAAGUGCUGAACUGAUGGUUUAUUCCUUCUCUUAUGAUGCUGAUGAAUUAAGGAACGCCGCUUCGCUGCUCCAAAGGUCAGAACAGACGCCACAGAGCGACGCUGUCCUGGACGUUGCUCUUUAGUAACGUGAUUUCCACUUUAACUGUUUAGUUUGUACCUCAGGGAAUAAAUAAAACUUUACUUUAAUGAAGCAGCUUCUUCCUCUGCCGGCCUGUAUGACAGUGAACAGAGGAUUUAAUAAACCAUAUGUUUGCUCACAAAGCUCCACCUCUGGUUCUGUGACCUUCUGCUCUUGGUGCAGCUUCCCAUCCAGAACCUCCUCGGUGAAACCGCUGCAUUAAAUCCUCGACUUUUUCCUGCUAAAUGCCCCUUUAUUCGUCCCACUGUUGGAUGGGACGUCCUGUUUUGGUCCAUCAAGCAUCUGUUAGCGCUGAUCCGAACAUUUGUCCAGCUAGUUACGGACAUUUGUUCCGCUAGUUACGGACAUUUGUCCAGCUAGUU